ACGCGAGGGCGGGAGGUAGCAGGGUUGGUUGCGUUGAGUUCCGCGUCCGUUCGGCGACUGGUGAGGAGGAGCGCCUGUCAUGGAGGAGCUGCGCUGGCAGCGGGGCGCGGCGCCUGUAGCCGCUCCGAGAGCCACCCCACCGCCGCCGCCUUCGCUGAGAGAAGGAAACUGAGCGUAAUAUUUGCUUUGAGAGAUCACAUGGUAAAAAUUCAUGCACUACACAGAGAGGUUGCAUGGACUGGCUUCAACUGUGGUUCCACUUACUCUGCUACUUGUGAUUCUGAAGAACAAGUAUAAGUGAGAGGAAAAGACUAAAUGGAUCUAAAGACAGCUGUAUUUAACGCAGCUCGUGAUGGCAAGCUGCGGCUGCUCACCAAAUUGCUGGCAAAUAAAAGUAAAGAAGAGGUGGCUUUGCUGAUGUCAGAAAAAACGAACGGAGCCACACCUCUUCUCAUGGCAGCUCGCUAUGGGCAUCUCGACAUGGUGGAACAUCUACUAGAGCACUGCAGUGCUUCAAUAGAAGUUGGUGGCUCUGUGAAUUUUGAUGGUGAGACUAUUGAAGGUGCCCCACCAUUAUGGGCAGCGUCAGCGGCUGGCCAUUUGAAGGUGGUUCAGUCUCUGUUAAAUCAUGGCGCAUCUGUCAACAACACAACUUUGACAAACUCAACACCUCUUAGAGCUGCCUGUUUUGAUGGCCACCUAGACAUUGUGAAGUAUCUUGUGGAACAUAAAGCUGACUUGGAAGUAUCAAAUCGCCAUGGGCAUACAUGCCUUAUGAUAUCUUGUUACAAAGGACAUAAAGAAAUUGCUGAAUAUUUGCUUGAGAAAGGAGCUGACGUAAACAGAAAAAGUGUCAAAGGAAACACAGCAUUGCAUGACUGUGCAGAAUCUGGUAGUCUGGACAUAAUGAAGAUGCUUCUCAAAUACUGUGCAAAGAUGGAAAAAGAUGGUUAUGGAAUGACUCCUCUUCUUUCUGCAAGUGUUACAGGGCACACAAACAUUGUUGACUUCUUGACCCAACAUGUGGAGACAAGCAAAGCAGAACGCAUCAAUGCACUGGAACUUCUAGGAGCCACAUUUGUGGACAAAAAGAGAGAUUUGCUUGGUGCUCUAAAAUACUGGAAAAGAGCUAUGGAUAUGAGGUACAGUGAUAGGACUAACAUCCUCAGCAAGCCUGUGCCUCAGGCGUUAAUAAUGGCUUACGAUUAUGCCAAGGAAGUGAACAGUACUGAAGAGUUGGAAAACCUAAUUGCAGACCCCGAUGAGAUGAGAAUGCAGGCAUUAUUAAUUAGAGAACGUAUUCUUGGCCCUUCUCACCCGGAUACAUCUUACUAUAUUCGGUACAGAGGAGCUGUCUAUGCAGACUCUGGCAACUUCAAAAGGUGCAUCAAUCUGUGGAAAUAUGCUCUGGACAUGCAGCAGAGCAAUUUGGACCCCCUUAGCCCAAUGACUGCAAGCAGCCUCUUGUCAUUUGCUGAACUCUUCUCCUUCAUGCUGCAAGACAGGGCAAAAGGUCUGUUGGGUACAACUGUUACCUUUGAUGACCUUAUGGGUAUACUGUGCAAAAGUGUUCUUGAAAUAGAACGUGCCAUCAAACAUACUCAAUGUCCACCUGACCAAAUACAACUCCACAAAGCCCUUUCCAUCAUCUUGCAUUUAAUUUGCUUGCUGGAAAAAGUUCCUUGUAGUCCUGAACAAGAUCAUUUUAAGAAGCAGACUAUAUAUCAAUUUCUUAAGCUACAUCCUAAGGGAAAGAAUAACUUUAGCCCACUCCACCUUGCUGUCGACAAGAACACCACAUGUGUGGGGCGUUACCCAGUUUGCAAAUUUCCUUCCUUGCAAGUUACUGCUACGUUAGUGGAAUGUGGUGCUGAUGUCAAUGCUAGAGACUCAGAUGACAACAGCCCAUUACACAUAUCUGCACUGAACAACCAUCCUGAUAUCAUGAAUCUUCUUAUCAAAUCAGGCUCACAUUUUGAUGCCACAAACAUGCAUAAACAAACUGCUAUCGAUUUGCUGGAUGAGAAGGAAAUGGCAAAGAAUUUGAUUCAGCCCAUCAACCAUACUACACUGCAGUGUCUUGCUGCCCGUGUCAUUGUGAAUCAUUGCAUACGUUACCAAGGGCACAUCCCAGAAAAACUUGAGAACUUUGUUUUACUACAUAGAUGAUAUUAGGUUCUUCUUCACUGUGGGAGCAUGUGUUAGGAACUUUCACUGUUGCUUUCUCAAGCACUGUUGUGAUAUGCCAGCGAUACACCAUCAUUUGUUCCGCUUGGUCCAUCCUGCUCAUUAGCUAAAGCAUCAUUAGAAUCAGAUCUGCAGAACCAGUCGCCUAGUAUUUAAAACAAACACCAUAUAAUAUAUUUUGUGGAUUAUUUAGAAAUGUAAGGUUAUAUUUGGACUCACUAAAAUUGUCUGCCAAAGGCUCGUCUACUCUGGUUUAGUUUGCCUGUCGGUUGUUUGGGACUGAACUGAAUAAUUUUCGUGGUAUUGUCUUAUUCUUACUGGUGUGUGGAUUUUAUAUAGUUGAGAAGUCAUCUUUUUGUUCUUGCUUGAGCGAUUCUACUUUUUUUCUAAUUGGUUCAUUGCUGAACUAUACAAGUUGUAUGGACUUGUUAACAUUUGCAAUUACCAUAAGUGCUUUUAUCUUCUCUAUGCACUGGCUUGAACAUGACUGUUUGUGUGUUGGCAUAUUCCUAUGCAUCAGUUGGCCAUUUUUAGCUUUGAUACUGUUCUCUUGCAGUUUGUUAGAGCUCUCUCUUUCUUUCUCGAGAGAGAGAGAAUCCUCUCUCUCAAAUACACCUUUUACAGCAUGACAGUUUUUGAAGACUUCAGUCAGCUGUCUAGCCUCAUUUGACUUUUCACCCCAAGCUGUUUCUGCGGUUGCAUUCUAUCGAUUUUUUUUAGAGAUGUGUGCUGAAUUUGGGAGUAAAAUGUGUUCUUGUUGGCAAACCCACUUUAAAUUAAGUCUAAAAGUUAUUUCAGUAUUUUUUGCUGCAAGUGGAGAAAGGCAAUGAGCAACCUUCUUCCCCUCUGCACUCAUGUCUUGCUUGAGCUGAUUGUGUGACUAGACAUAGAGGUGUUUUUUUUUUGUCAGAUUUAACCUGAAACUUAAUCAUUUGACUCAAUGAGAAGAACUAGAUCAAACAUAGUCUUGAAAUUACAACUCAAGAUUCUUUGCUACGGAAGAAACUAAAGCAUGUUGGCAUGAUGCUUGUCAGUCCAGAUCUAGCUAUCAGCUAGUAUAAUUAAUUAUAUGGUUGUAAUCAGAACCCCUCUGCAGGGGCUUCAGAAGUUUAGUAGUGCCCCCAUCCUUCAUUUUAAAAUAACUCUUACACAUAAUUUGCAUGCAUUCUAUUCUCUAAGACCUUUCAGCCAUAUUAUGGAAACAUCAAGAGGCAAUGUGAAAUAUAUAGCCUCUACCGAAAGCUAUCUAUUUUUAUAACAUUUGCGCAACAGCUUAGCUAUUGCAGCAGAAAGGGCUUUUUAGACUUGAUAAGGAAACCAUAAGUGAAGACUACAAUUGCGAUUAAGAUUCAGGUAACUAAUUCAGCACUUUAUUGUUGACUCAUAAUGGAAUUUACUAUGGCAUAUUAGACCUGCAAAUGUCUUAAAAUAAAAUGGUUCUCAAGAAAAAAA